AUGUCGCUAAAUAUUCACGAUCUCCACGGUCUGGACGGGUUAAAGUCUGAUAAUGCAUCCUGGUCGGAUAUCGAGGAGGAUGACGACGACGACGACGACGACAUUUCGAUUUCCCCAAUAUCCGACAAGGCGCCCGCGUGGUCGGGAACGCGCUGGGCUCGCUUUUUCCCCGAACUCGCUUCCCACUUCUCCCUGACGUCGCCUACAAGCAACACGGCUCAACUCCCGUCAAUCGCACGGAGUAGUCAUACUCGUCCUCUGGAUUCUCCGACGAGCUUGAAGUCUUCCGAGUCAGUGGAACGAAAAGAUAGACUGCCGUCUGUGUUGUCGGACGGGGCCACAGAUAAACGAUCGUCCGGAUAUACUCUCACAUCUUCGAUCACGAGUCAAAGCUCCCGGAUCUCAUCUCCAAGGUGUAACUCUCCAUAUUCGGUACAUUCCACAUCACCUGAUCUUCCAGGAUUCUUCGACGAUGGCAGAACAUUGAAGAAGUCUCCUUCCCGCACUUUGUCAAGACAUUCCUCGGUCAAGGAGUCCAGAGACAAGGACCUACCCAAAGAGACGUCUUUCAGACUGCCACCACUAUUAGUUCGCCACAAGUCUCACCAGUUGCCCAAAAAUCGCGAGACUGGACAUGGCAAUUACAGAUCUCUGAAGUCCCCGUCGCUACCUGAUAUCCAGGAGAACUAUCAUCGUCCGACGCUGUCUCAGACUGCCGCGGGGGUGGAACCAACUUCGGUUGGUUUUGCUGAAUCACAGCAGACACAACGAAUAUCCCCCCAUAGCCACCUUCAAUACUCUGCUGGACCAUUGCAGAUACGUAGAGGAAACAUGGACAUGAUCGCGACUCGGCCAGCACCAAUGCCUCCUAUGAGUAUUCAUGACGUGCAGCAAGCCAUUAGAGCCCAGUCUUGCGAAGAGAUGAAUCAAACAAAGGGGGAACACAAGAACAAAGGCCCCUUUUCUUUCGGUCUGCCGGGCCUCCACCACUGGUCCACUCCACCAACACUUCGGACUUCCAGCACCUUUCCUACCGCAUCGGCAUUGAAAUCUACUUCACUAUCGUCUCGUCUCACGGGAGAUGAGAACAAAGGUGAAGUAGCCGAAUUGCCUGGCUCCACUAUUGAUCUUUCAAAAACCACAUCUACAUCCAUUAAUAGCGAGCGGGAGCUGCGUUCAACACUUCCUUCCCUUCAAACAAAGGAUCUUGACAAUCCUGGUUUCAUCAACUCGGCGCCACCUUCUUCCACAGCAAAGGAAGCGAGCGAAAAUACCAAUCACGGCUUGAGAUAUAAUAAACUUGAUGACGAUUCUCUCGUGGGGUCGUCGGAGAAAUACUUUGUGUCUCAUAGUAAGUAUGGUGAUGUGGACACGAAUACUUCUCACCGCCGAGAGGUCUCACAAGCGUCUACUAUAUAUGAGCUUGAUGCGAGUCCCGCUGUAUCGCAGAUCAAACAGCGAGCCGAUACCCCUUGUACCAGCCAAGAACUCUCAGCAGAGAUGCACGCUAUUUGGUCCAAGGAUAUCAUCUUGGCGAUUUUGCGACAAGUGGAAUCACUCGACGACCUCUUCAAUGUUUCGUUGGUCUGCAGAGACUUCUACAGCACCUUUAAAGACCAUGAAUUGGACUUGAUCAAGAAUGCUGUUUUUGCCAUGUCGCCUCCGGCUUGGGAACUACGAGAGAUGAGUCCCCCUUGGGGUACAGAGUGGCAGUUCCUUCUUGACCCCGACGCUCCCGUCCCUGAGUACACGCCCGCCUUAUAUCUUCAACAAUACGCGCAAGAUAUCUGCACCCUUGCCCAAUUGAAGUCCAUCAUUCUGGCCCGUUGUUCAACCUUCUUGCGACCCGAGACGAUCCGGGGGCUUUCUGGCCUGGAUGAUGCUUGUGCGACCGAGGUUGAUGAUGCCUUUUGGCGAGUCUGGACAUUCUGCCGCAUAUUUGGUUGCGGCAAGCACAGAGAGGGCGACAUCGCCGGACAAAUGGAUUGGCUUAAAGGUGGGACAAUGGCCACCGAUCGGCGCGUCUCUGUGGCGCAGUCCAUCACUGAUCCCUAUGACAUGGGGAGUGUCUUGUUCGAGCCUCCCGCAGGUUUUGGGCAUGGCAACGCCGGAGGCUUGACGCAGGCGCAGCUGCAUAGUAUGACCGAGAUUUGGACCUGUCUUGGCGUAUUGCUCCAGCCAAUGCACGGGAAAACUAGAUUGGCACGAGAAGUGGGAGUCUUUGAUGGACACAACGUGCGCGAAAAGGCUACUGCAAAGGAGGGAGCAGUUUUAGAGGAGUGGACUCAUUAUAUUCUCACGCUCGGUCUUUCAGCAGUUUUGAACCUCGGCUCGAUCACGACGGAGGACGCUGCCGUUGUGACUACUUUCAAGAAAGCCCAAUCUAUGGGAUUGGCGAGAUGGGCGCCUUCAGACACUGUCGCAAGCCGGUCAUCGUUCCUGCGGGAGGCCGUAUCGAAAGCUUAUCGGCCCCGGGAAAAUACCCUAUCCGAGGCGUCAUGUAGGUCGUCUGGCGCCAGCAAGUCACCCAGUCCUUCUGCCGGUCGCGACCGUUCUCCCACCAGCGGUAGCCCCGGAAAAACCGACUCUUUGCUUGAGAUGCAACGUCGCAGACAAGCGGCCUAUUCAGCCCAGCUCAAGCUCCAGAAACAGCAGCCAACGAGCAUGCCCACUUCUUCUCAGCCCGCGGAAGAACGACCUAUCUCGAAUUAUGAGACUAUAAUCAGCCGUCUAGAGGGCAGAUCAAGUGGGCCAGUCCGGACGGAGUCUAUAGCCAGUCCGCCAAGGGCUAGCUCCACGAUACCAGGACUAUACCAACAAAGCACCGCACCUGCUCUUCAGCAUCCGCAAGUCUGUGACCCUACUGACAAAGCCAUGGACAUGAUGGUCCGAGAGCUAGGCUUCGAAGAAGAAGAUGCGAAGUGGGCCCUGAAGAUCACGGACAGCGGCGAGGGUAUCAACGCAAGCGCGGCCGUCUCCUUGCUUAUGCGGGAGCACCGGAACCAGCGGGAAAGUCGAGGGGGCGCCUCGUCGCCCAGUGGCAGCCUUCUGUCGUCGGUCAUCAAUAGUCCGGAGUCUAGGACUUCGGGGUGGAAAUGGGCUCAUUAG